ACAACUUACAAGGGACUUAAAAUAGUUAGAAGAACGAGGCUAGAGAUAAUAUGAUUGUUAUUCCACAACACAGUCACAAGUAAUGUCAAACGGUGAUGCCAUUCUUAUCUGGAGAGCAUGCGCAGUAUGAAUACGGCAAGCCCUCUGAUCUGCAUAUUGCGUUUGUAAACCACAAAUUUCUCCGUUAUUAGAAAGUCUGAACUACAUGUAUAGUCUAGUGCAUAUAAACGUUUUAAAAAAAAUCAGCUGAAAAGAUUGAACUAGUGUGGCUUAGGAUUCAUCUUAUGAAAUACUAUAGAUAAAUCACCAACAAUGGCAGCCAAAAGUUUCCUCCAACUUAAUCAACUGCAGUUUAAUUUGAAUGUUCCUCCAACAGCAAAUAAUUUAAUGUAUAGACAGUUUAGACCGGAACCAAUUAAAAUUGAACGACUUAGUGGGCGACCAUCUAAGAAUAAGAGUGAAGCAUGGGCUCCUACCGGACAUCCACUAAAUACCUCUCAGUUCUCGGCCAUUUCUGAAGAUAGACUUAGUGCCGCUGUUCUCUUAGCUAAAAGAGAUUUAAAAAAUCAGAGAAUAGCAGAACAAAUGAGAGCUAAUCAAGCACGUAGUAGAACGCCUUCUCCUAAUAGAGGCAGAUCUCGUAUCAGAACUACUCAUGGUAAAAAUAAUAUUGAUGCCAAGAAAGGUGUAGGAAAUGUACAUUCGAAAGUUACUAAAACUAGAGAGAGUUUAAGAAAUAAAGCUCCAAGAACUCCUCCUAAACCUGUCGUUAGAGCCAAUACUGCCUACUUUCCAGCUACUACCAACAGUCCACCAACAAGAGAUACUGAUAAAUAUCCAAUACAUAAAGUCCAUAUACCUAUAAGUGAUACAACUGAUGAAAUAACAAGAAUGCAGAAAGAACUAGAAUCUUAUCUUAGUCAAAUAAAGACCAUAGAAGAAAAGGCCAUUACAGACGAGAAUACUAACUUUUUAAUAAACAGACGCAGUAGAAGUAAAGAUGGUUAUCUAUCUGAUGAAGAAGAUAUUAAAAGAAGGGCAGCUAGAUCAGAAGAACAGUUAGUGAGAACCGCUAGAAAUCUUUAUAACCUACGACAACAAGUUAGACAAAUACAGAAAGAUUUUCUUCAACUGGGUACUACUGAUAUUAAACAAACAAAAAAGAGUCAGGCUGUAGCUAAACUGACAGCAGCCCAUAGAGGAGCUGUUCGCUCCAUGCAGGCUUUUGUUCAUCAACUACCUCAUCAAGAUCUACGGCAAGGUUUACCGACAUCUUAUAGAGAAUUAGCUUUGUUAAUACGACAACUUACUAUGUUAAAUACACAGAUAGAGAGAGGACAAGAUAGACAAGUUAAUAAUAAUAUCAUUAGUAUAUUAGAUAGAGUUGAUGAACUGAAUAAUAUUUGGACUAGUGAUAUCAGGGGACAUCAUGCUUCAAAAGCCCAACUUAAAGAAAACUCCCUAACCAGACCUCCUUUUGUCUUAGAUUUUAAUCAAGAUAAACCUCUAAAAUUGCAUCAAAAAUUUUAUGGUAAAGAAAAUAAAACAAAAGGUUCAAUGAGUUCUCAUCAGCAUGACAAGAAUCUAGUGAAAAAACAUACCCAUCAGCGUAGAGGUACAUCCCCAGCCAGAAAAUCUUCUUUAAGAGCAGGUCUGGUGUCAUUAUUAAAGCCAACUGGUGUUGCAAAAAAAACAAAUGUAGCAUUUCAAAUACCAAGUCGAAGUAAUGCUGUAAGUGGUAAACGUAGUUUAAUGUUACCAGGAAAACUACAGAGUAAAAGGGAGAAGAUAAAUAGAUUUGUUCAACAAGUUCCAUCUGACAGUCACUUUGCUGAUCCUACAAUAGCAACUAAUUUAAAAGCUGUGGCAGCUCUAUCUAAUCCUAUUUUAGAUGAACGACCAUUAUCAGCCCCAUCUUCACCAUCUUUCAGUGAAGAAGUUGGAUUCUCUCCCAGAAGACAUCAUAAAGAACCCUGGAUACCACCUGGAUCACCUAAUAGUAAAAGAAGUCCAUCUGCUGAAGGAAGACGUAGUUAUUCAGACAGUCCUGGUUCAACUAAAAGAUAUCAUAUAGAAGAUGUAGAUAACAACCUAAUCAAACGAUUAUUUUCAGAUAAAGCUGGCACUCAGCUGUUGUUUAGAAGUGAGAGGGAAGGUAGAGAACCUAUGAGAAAACCUUUUACAUUGAAUAGAUCAAGGUCUAUUUCCCCCAGACCAACAUCAAGAUCACCACCAUUGAGAGCUAGGUCUCCUAGAGAACGAUCAUGGUCACCAAGGAGAAGACGCUCAUUAUCUGAGUCAAUGAUAGAAGAUAUUGCUGAGGAGGUUCGAAGAAAACUAAAAUCAACUAAGGAUGGCCACCAGUUUUAUAAAUCAUAUCCAGCUGAUAGCAGAAGUAGAAAGGGUGCUGGUGGAAGAGAAGAUGAAUUAACUGAUAUGAUAUUAGAUGAUGUAUUACGUGAUACAGUACAUGGUAUAAAACAUAUAGAUAAUACAGAUAGAAUACAUCAACAUGCUAUAUCAUUACAAGAUUCACCUACAGUACAAAAUCUCUUUCAUAGAUUACAACAAAUGGAGGAUGAACAAGAAGAUAUUAGAAGAAGGUGGGAGUGUGUUAGUUUUCAUGAUCCGAAACCUAAAACUAAAUACUUUUCUUCCAGUGAAAUAUUAUCUGAUAGACCAAGAUCUCCAGUGGCUAUUGAAGUUUUAUCUUCUAGAGGUCAAACUAGAACAACAAAAACAUCUCAACAAUCUGUAGGCUUUAGUAAAGAAAUGGUUGCUGAACCUAUAAUAUUUACAAAACCGAAACACGUUCCAAAAUGGACACAGAAUUAUAUAGAUAGUGAAUCGGUUAAUGAUGAUUUUGAUGGUGAACCUAUUACUCUACCACACCUAUCAAAACCUAAAAGACAUAUCACAAUACCUCAAACAAUAGUAACAAAAAUAGAGGACAAUAGGGACAGAUUUCAGAAUCAUCUGAAGAAAAUAUCUCACCAUCCACUUGGACGUUUUGACCCUUGGAAACUUGUAGAAGAGAUUACAGAAAAAAUAAUGGAUGACUGUUUAUUAGAAGUUGCACAUGAACUGGAUGAUCUAAAUGAAGACAUGGCUAACCAUAUGUAUAAGUCAGAAUUCUUAAUAGACAUUAGUCAGUCAUCUUCUCCAACCAGUGCACUUAUAAAAGGUACAGAGUCUUCCGUAGUGCAUUCCCAGAAAAUAGAUAAAAGGACUGAUGAAAAUUUUGAGGAUGAUGACGAUAAUUCUGAUGAAUAUGAGGACUACGAGGAUGAUAAUGAAUUGUCAGAAAAUAAUGAUGAAUUUUAAGGGCUUCAUUUAAAUACUUAGAUUGAAACAUGGAAAAUGUCUGGGGACUUGUUUCACUAAAUGUUAAGAUGUGAAAUGAAAUUGAUAGUACAGAUGUUUCAUUAAAAAAGCUGUACAUACAUAAAUGUGAUAUUUAUACUUCUGAUGUUUUGUGGAGCAUACCUCUGUGCCUAACAUUUGAUGACAAAAAUUACACUACCAUGUUGGUUAAAGAAUCAGAUAGCAAAUGGCUUCAUUUUACAUAGAAGUCAACUUGAUCAAAGCAAGUGAAGGUACAUGUUUCUGUAAAGAUCAGAUAAAAUGAUUUUCAAAAUCAGAGAUCAAUAUUUAUGAACAAUGCUAUAGGGAGAGAAUUCCUGAAAAUAAAAACUAAGCUGUAGUUUAAGCAUUGCAUCUAGAACGAAAUAUUUAGUUAAAUUUGAUGUAUUUUAUAUUUUACCAUAUGAUGUUAAUCUUUAUUUCGUUAUUAUGAUCUCUGUCUUCAGCAUAAGUCAUCUGUACUUAAUUGUGUCUUUAAAUAUCAUUUUCCAUAAUACAAAGAGCUUAAGGUCAAAUAUGUAUUGACUGUGCCUUUUUAGUUACUUAAUGGUUUAUUGUAUUUUAUAUGUAAUUACAUGUAGUGAAAUAUGUAGUAGAAAUUGAACCACUGUGAUAUGUAAUUAUAUGUUGUGGUAAUUCAAGCUCUGUGAUAUGUAAAUGUAGACUGUAACUUAUUGUAAUAAUAAAUACACUUCUUAUAUAAAAUAGGUUUAAUACUCUUUAAAGAUACAUUCCUGUGUACAAACUGGGUGAUUUGAUGAUAUAUUUGGACUAAAAACUUAUUCAAACUAAUUAAUUUAUCAUAAUUUUGCUUCAAAUCCUUCUCAAAACAUUGUAAUUGUCAAGGAAUACCCUGCUAUAAAAAUCGAUCAAAAGAGGU